GGCUUCGCUUUAGCUUUUGUUUGACCCCCUUCUCCAAAUUCGCCUAGUAGUCCAGAAUCUGAGGCCCCCCAGACCAGACAGUCAAUUUUCAUCUCUUUCUUCUUCUUCUUCUUCUGGUGUUCUUGCAGCAGUUACAGUCAGCUAGAGCCUAGGAACUGCAUUCCUUUUCCUUUUCUUUAACUGCCAAAGCUAACCCUUCAACUGAACUCAUACUCAACUGGGGUUUUCUCAUCUUUUUGCAAUUCAGUUUUGUGGUGUAAGUAGACGUUUGGAUCUCUUUGGCCUUAUGAUGGAUAUAAAAAUGGCUGCUGGAGGAUGGAACGAUUGGAUCUAAAUUUUCGGUAGGGUUUUUUUUUUUUUAUUGUGUCUAAUGGCAUCAAUAAUUGGAGCUAGACAUUGUCCUGAAAUACAGCAAAAGUCCACCGGAGCUCAUCAAUCAGCAGAUGCAAGUAAGUCUAGAUCUUUGCCUUCACAGGCCUCGUUGAUGAAUAAACACAAGCCGGUUCCUUUUGAGCAAAUAGAGGAAUCUGGCAAAAUUUCGGUUCCUGUUGCUGUGAAAGCUCUAGAUGAUAAAAAAUCGGAGAACUGUAAUGAAAAAGGCUCUUCUCAUUCCUCAACUGAUAAAUCUCAUUCGGUGAUCUCAUCACUUGACAAUGAUCAAGUGUCUACACCUAAAGUGAACGAGUCCAGGAGCUUCCGGGAAGUGUCUGUUGAUCAAGAAAAGGAAACAUCUGAGCCGGGUAGUGUAAAGAACAGUUCGGUUUCUGCAAAUGGAACCAGCAGCCUACCAAAGACUAGUGGAACCGCCAAAAUAAGUGGUCGUGCUGAGUAUGCUGAGAGUGGGAAGAGCAGUAUGUGCAGAGGGAGCACGAGCACUGAUGUGAGCGAUGAGAGCUCUUGUAGCAGUUUCACUAGCAGUGUCAGUAAACCUCAUAAAGCAAAUGACUUAAGAUGGGAAGCCAUUCAAGUUGUCCGAGCAAAAGAUGGGGUCUUGGGUUUAAGCCAUUUCAGAUUGCUAAAGAGAUUGGGUUGUGGAGAUAUUGGGAGUGUUUACUUGGCAGAAUUGAGUGGAACGAAGUGUUAUUUUGCCAUGAAAGUGAUGGAUAAAGCGUCUCUGGCUGGUCGUAAGAAGCUUCUUCGUGCUCAGACAGAAAGGGAAAUUCUACAAUCCCUCGACCAUCCUUUUCUCCCGACACUCUACACCCACUUUGAGACGGAUAAGUUUUCGUGUUUAGUUAUGGAAUUCUGCCCUGGAGGAGAUCUGCACAGUCUUCGGCAGAGACAGCCUGGGAAACAUUUUUCAGAACAAGCAGUCAGAUUUUAUGUGGCUGAGGUCCUUCUAGCUAUGGAAUAUCUCCACAUGCUUGGAAUUAUCUACCGCGACCUUAAGCCAGAAAACGUCCUGGUGAGAGAAGAUGGCCACAUAAUGCUCUCGGACUUUGACCUCUCACUUCGUUGUGCUGUCAGCCCGACUCUAGUGAAGACGUCAACUUUGGAGUCGGACCCUCUCCGGAAGAACUCUGUUUACUGUGUCCAGCCCGCUUGCAUCGAGCCCUCUUGCAUUCAACCGUCUUGUGCUGUUACCACAACCUGCUUCUCUCCUCGCCUCUUUUCUAGCAAGUCCAAGAAGAGCAGAAAACCGAAAACCGAUAUUGGCAACCAAGUUUCCCCUCUACCUGAGCUGAUUGCAGAGCCCAGCAGUGCCCGGUCCAUGUCAUUUGUCGGGACGCACGAAUACUUGGCACCAGAGAUAAUUAAAGGCGAAGGCCAUGGAAGUGCUGUGGAUUGGUGGACAUUCGGGAUCUUUCUGUACGAGCUUUUAUUCGGUAAAACCCCGUUUAAAGGCUCCGGGAACCGAGCCACGCUAUUCAACGUCGUGGGGCAGCCACUUAGAUUUCCAGAAUCACCCGUUGUGAGCUUUGCUGCCAGGGAUCUCAUACGCGGGCUGCUCAUUAAAGAACCACAGAACCGAUUGGCUUAUAAAAAGGGAGCCACUGAAAUAAAGCAGCACCCUUUCUUCGAAGGAGUGAACUGGGCGUUGAUACGCUGCGCUACGCCCCCCGAGGUCCCAAAGCCAGUCGAAUUCGAGAAAUUGCCUGUUCCAGCAGCAUCAACAAGCGAAAAAGCGACUCCUGUCGCAGUGGCCCCCAAUCAGAAAGGCUCUGAUAAUUACCUGGAGUUUGAUUUCUUCUAGAAAAUAUUGCUAGUAUAAUUGGAAUGUGUUUGCUCUAUGGAGAAGAUACUUUUAAAUUCAUUCUGAAUAUUUGGCAUUUUAGUAAUCUUGAUGGCAGAUUUCUUUCCUCAUAAUAGCAAUCUUUUUCAACCUCUUCCAUGACAGCUCUAUCUCCCAGGAAACCCGAGGAAUUUUUCCGAGCUGAUUUGCAGAAACACACGAUUUGGGUCGAAACAUGACAGCAGAUCAGCCGCCUUAUACAAGAUCACUCUGUAUAUUUCUUUUUUUUUAUUUUUUUGAUAAUUCCUAGGAUAUGUUCCACAUUCGAAGGUACAUUAGUAGGACCCAAUGUAGAUGUGCUCCCCCACCUUUGAGAUCUCCAUGCUUUUUGAAUGUUGGUGUAUUAUCUGACACUUGGAACCAUAAUACUUACUACUCCCUACUAUUUUGCAAGCUUGUU